CAUAUAAUUAAAAUCAAAUAUUGUAUUCGUGCGAUUUCACUAUGGAUUAAAUAUUACAUGCGCACUAAUAAAAUGUAUGUUGCUACGUUUUGGAAAAAAACAAAUAACCAUUCUGCUUCAGACAUAAUUAAUUUUUUGCUAAUUUCAGCAAUCAAUUCUCCUCAGUUAUAGAUGUUUAAUGUUACAGUAUCUUCAAAUCCAGCAACUCUAACACAAAAGUUCAUCACAUUUCUUGAAAAAUGCAGAUCAAUUUCAGAGUUCAAGAAACUCCAUGCCUUGUUAAUAACCUGUGGCAUUUCCAAAGAAACCCAAUUCAAUUCAAGAAUCCUCUGUUUCACAGCAUUAUCUGAUUCUUCCAAUAUAGGCUAUGCUCAUCGUAUUUUUCUACAAAUUGAAAACCCAACAAUAUUUGAUUACAAUGCUCUUAUAAGGGGUUAUUCUAACAGCAAAAACCCAUGUAAAUCUUUGUCUUUAUUUGUUGAAAUGUGGCAAAAUGAGGUUUUUCCGAACCAUUUGACGUACCCUUUUGUUGUUAAGUCUUUGGCUAAGUUGUCUGAGGUAACAAUUGGUAGGAGUGUUCAUAGUGGGGUUUUGAAAAAUGGGUAUGAUGAGGAUUUGUAUAUUUCGAAUUCUUUGAUUCAUAUGUAUGGUUCUUGGGGUGAUGUUUUGUGUGCGCGGAAGGUGUUUGAUGAAAUGCCUGUGAGGAAUUUGGUGUCGUGGAAUUCGAUGUUAGAUGGUUAUGGGAAAUGUGGGGAUGUUGUUACGAUGAGGGAGGUGUUUGAUUCGAUGAUUGAGAGAGACGUUGUGUCGUGGAGCUCUUUGAUUGAUGGGUAUGUUAAGGAUGGGGAAUAUGGUGAGGCGUUGGCGAUGUUUGAGAGAAUGAGAGUGGAAGGUCCCAAAGCGAAUGAGGUGACCAUGGUGAGUGUUUUGGGUGCUUGUGCUCACUUGGGUGCGCUUGAGCAAGGGAGGGCAAUGCACGAGUACGUGGUUGAGAAUAAGUUGCCUAUGACUAUAGUGUUGAGGACUUCGAUGGUUGAUAUGUAUGCUAAGUGUGGUGCGGUAGAGGAGGCAUUGAUUGUGUUUCGAGAGGCUCUAGGGAGAAAAACCGAUGUCUUGAUUUGGAAUGCCAUGAUUGGAGGUUUGGCAACACAUGGUCUGGUUAGUGAGUCUUUGGAGUUGUACAAGGAAAUGCACGUUUUGAAGGUGAGACCAGAUGAGAUUACGUACUUGUGUCUUUUAUGCGCUUGUGCUCAUGGAGGACUAGUGAAGGAAGCUUGGUGUUUCUUUGAUUCUGUUGGUAAAGAUGGGAUGACAGCCAAGUGUGAGCAUUAUGCCUGCAUGAUGGAUGUACUAGCACGCUCAGGUCGUUUAACAGAAGCCUACAGGUUUCUAUGUGAAAUGCCUAUGGAACCAACUGCUUCCAUGUUGGGUGCACUACUUAGUGGCUGCAUCAACCAUGGAAAGUUGGAUCUUGCAGAAAUAGUAGGGAAAAAGCUUAUCGACUUGGAGCCAUUUCAUGAUGGUAGAUAUGUUGGGCUAUCAAAUGUUUAUGCGCUUAAAAAGCGUUGGGAUGAAGCAAAAGCCAUGAGAGAAGCUAUGGAUACCCGGGGAGUGAAGAAAUUCCCUGGUUUCAGUGUUGUGGAGAUCUUUGGAGCUCUUCACAGAUUCAUAGCACAUGAUAAAGCACACCCUGAAUCGGAUCAAAUCUACACGAUUCUAGAUUUUGUUUUGUUGCAAAUGAAGCUAGAUAGAGAUUGUGAAGAGCAAGAACAAUUGUCAUGUGAUAUCAAUGUAGGACCUGGUAAUGGAGAUGAUUAGCCGUGC